AUGGCCAAAUUUUCUACCUCGUCCAGAAACAAGCCAUCUAAUAUGACCAACGAUGGCUGUCUGUACAUGGGCGGUGCUGUAUUCGCUUUCUUACUCGUCUGGUGUGGUUGGUCCUACGCCAACCCGAUCGUCUUUGGCGGCAACAAUUUCAUGCUUAGGAUUGUCAGCGACAUGAGGUCGGAAUGCUGCACACACCCGACUCCGAACCUUAGAUUCGACCCGCCCGACUCAACGUUCUACGACGACUCGGAGCUCCGGUACUCGAUCGAUAAGAAGGUAACAGGGUGGGACGAUAAGCGAAAAGAGUGGCUAAAGCGCCACCCGACAUUCACCGCUGGGUCUAAGGAUAUGAUCGUGAUGGUGACCGGUUCCCAGCCAAACCCGUGCCAGAACCCAAUCGGCGACCACCUCUUGCUCCGGGCAUUCAAGAAUAAGGUGGAUUAUUGUCGUAUCCAUGGCUACGACGUCUUCUACAACAACGUCCUCCUCCACCCGCGGAUGAAGAGCUAUUGGGCAAAGCUUCCCGUGGUGAAGGCGGCGAUGCUGGCUCACCCGGAGGCCGAGUGGAUCUGGUGGGUUGACUCAGAUGCGGUUAUCACCGACAUGGAAUACAAGCUCCCGCUGGACCGUUACAAUUACAAGGGUCAUAACCUAGUGGUCCAUGGGUGGCCCAAGUUAAUCUACGAGGAGAAAUCUUGGACGUCGUUAAACGCAAGCGUUUUCCUCAUCAGGAACUGCCAGUGGUCUAUGGACUUCAUCGAUGCUUGGGCCAACAUGGGCACGAUCAGCCCGGACUACAAAAAAUGGGGGGAGAUCCAACGGUCGGUGUUCAAGGACAAGCUAUUCCCGGAGUCGAAUGAUCAAACGGCCCUGAUUUACUUGAUCUACAAGGACAGGAGAUUGACGGACAAGAUUUAUCUGGAAGGGGAGUAUUACUUCAAAGGUUACUGGGUAGAGAUCGUGCCAACGUACUACAACAUAACGAAGAAGUAUGUCGGGAUCGAGCGGGAGGACAAUUUGUUGCGACGGCGACACGCAGAGAAGGUGAGUGAGCAGUACGCAGCGUUUAGGGAGCCGCACUUGAAGGAGGCCGGGAACGGGCGAUGGUGCUGGCGGCGACCGUUCAUAACGCAUUUCACGGGGUGUCAGCCGUGCAGUGGGAACCACAACCAGAUCUACGCCGAGGAGAGUUGCUGGAAUGGGAUGCUGAAGGCCCUGAACUUUGCAGACAAUCAGGUGUUGCGGAAGUAUGGGUUCGUGCACCCGGAUCUACUGGAUUCUAAGACGGUGACGGAUAGUCUGUUUGAUUACCCCGACGAAGGACCCUGGUGA